AUGAUCUUAGUUUCAACACAAUUGUUCCCAGUCCUCUUUUCAUUGCUUUCGGUGCUGCCUGUUGUUGAAGCAGUAGAAGUCAGAGAUGCAAUCGCUCUCGUUCUCAGUAUUACAGGCAUUUAUGCUUGUUUGGGGGUAUAUGCACGAAGGAGAAAUGGACAGAUGUGA